UCGGCUCGUUUUGGCCGAAUGCAGACGACAGUUAUUGUUGUGGCCUACUUCGUUUGUUCUAGAAUACUAUAAGCCUGUAGUCACAGAUAAUUUCAAUUUUACCAAACCUGCUUCUUUGUCACAAUGGUUGCACAUUUUGUAGCUCUGUUCUUUACAGGAUUCAUCGUUUAUACCGCUGCACCCGGCUCCAGCUUGUUUUCAUGGCACCCAACACUGAUGGCCAUUGCAUUUCUGCUGCUGAUGUUUGAGGGCUUAUUGGUAUUUUCUCCAAUCAGUUCCCUUGUUCCGAGACAGUCAAGAGCCACAAAGGUCACACUUCACUGGAUGUUACAGGUUACCUCCCUUACCUGUGCUAUUGGAGGAUUCGCAGCUAUCUACUACAAUAAAGAAAUAAAUAACAAAGAACAUUUCACGUCAUGGCAUGGUCUUAUUGGAAUGUCAGCCGUUGGGUAUUCUUGCAUGCAGAUGCUGGGUGGCUCUGUGUUGAAAUAUCCUACCCUUGCUAGCAUCCUAAGAAUAAAAUUGAAACUGGCAGAUCUGAAAAUUGUCCAUGCUACAUCAGGAUUGGUGUCCUUCAUUCUUGUCUGUGUGAGCUUCAUGCUUGCUAUGUUUUCUAACUGGUUCUGUAAGAAUGUGACUGGGACAACAUGGUAUGCUUGCCUUGGUUGCAUUUCAUGUAUUUUGUUCAUUAUCAUGAAUCAGAUCACCAGUACAUAUUUGCCAAAAGUUAAAUCAAGGAAGAGAGUAGCACAUUGAAACAAUGAUAUGGGGUCACCUUAUUUGCUUAUGACAUUAUCAUAAGGUUGAUUUUUUGUGUUUCAGCAUUGUACACACUUUUGUGAUGUAUUACUAUUUGAGCAUAAAUGUGAAAUUUCAUCUAAGGACCAUACUACUGAUGUGCUGUUUCAUUAAUUUCUUUGAGCAACUAGGAUUUGAUUCUUGCUGAGCUUUAUCUCUUUGAAAUCCAUUGGCAAAUGCUGAUCUAAUCAUGCAUUAUUAUUAAGAACAAUUCAUGAUUGUAUGUUUUCUUUUGAUUUUCUUGUCUUG